GAGAGAGAGAGAGAGAGAGAGAGAGAGGCCAUAGUCUACCUCUUUUCUUCUCUCGUUCUUUUGACAGACAAACGGAAUGGGGGAAGGGAUGGAAGAGAGAGAGAGCCGUGACUGAGGAAACCGACGUCAGAUGGACGGUGGGCAGGCGCUGAAGACUGAAUUUGUGUGAGAGAGCAAGAGAAAGCCCUUUUCCCUAUUCAGUGGUCACGGAGAAAGUGUGGGGGAGGGAGAAACCUAAGCCAAGAAAGGGAACAAAAAGACAACCCACCUCAACUACAGCGGAGUCUCUGCGAACUCCGAGGAAUUUAUCUUGAAGAGCGAGCGCAUCUUACUGAAGACUGAAUCUUUCAUUCAUUGUUGGAAAUUUCUGCUGCUGUAACACCCGGUUUACACUGACAGGAAGAGCUGGUGCUUGCGUACAUUGAAGAGCAGAAGCCUACUGAAGCAGCAGAUCUGUUCUCCGUGUCAACACAAUGGCCCUGAGGACCUGGUUCAGUAAUGUGUAGCAUCAAGGGUGGUUCGGCUGGGGAAGAACACCACCGCAUCAUUCCCAGACUGUCUCUGACCAGCAGCAGGGGGGCCAUGCAGAAGCUCAUCUGACGGGAGCGACAGCGGGUUAACGGACGCAGCACCAGGAAUUUUUUUAUUGACUCCACCUGGCUCUGAAUGCCCUUCUCAUUCCACCACCUUCAGCAUUGAAAAUCGACGCGUUUUUAUUCGCUGGGCGAAAAGGAAUACAAGAAACUAUCAGAGAGGAGGAUUUUGGAAAAACCCCCGGAGAACUACAGUCCCACACGCCCGCCCCUCCCCCCGCCCCCUCAACAGGUCGCCUCGGACUGGAACCCGGCGCCAUGUGCCACGUGAUCGUGACGUGCCGCUCCAUGCUGUGGACGCUGCUGAGCAUCGUGGUGGCCUUCGCCGAGCUCAUCGCCUUCAUGAACGCCGAUUGGCUGAUGGGGGCCCCGCGCACCCCGGACCCCGUGGUCGGGGCCCAGGGGACCCUCGAUCCCUACCGGCCCACGCUGGGCCUGUACAUGCGCUGCAUCAAGGUGACGGGGCACCGGCGGGGCGUCCAGUGCGGGCCCUACGCCGUGGAGUUCAGCGAGAUCGCCAGCGGGUUCUGGCAGGCCACCACCAUCUUCCUGGGCACGGGCAUCCUGCUGCUGUGCUCGGUGGCCUUCAUCUCCGUCUUCACCAUGUGCUUCCAGAGCAUCAUGAAGAAGAGCAUCUUCAAUGUAUGUGGCCUACUUCAGGGCAUCGCAGGUCUGUUUCUGAUCCUGGGCCUGAUGCUGUAUCCAGCUGGCUGGGGCUCGGAGAAGGUCCUGAGCUACUGUGGACAGGAUGCCUCCCCCUACAAGGUGGGCCAGUGCUCCCUGGGCUGGGCCUUCUACACCGCCAUCGGGGGGACCGUCCUCACCUUCAUCUGCGCCGUCUUCUCCGCCCAGGCCGAAAUCGCCACCUCCAGCGACAAGGUGCAGGAGGAGAUCGAAGAGGGGAAGAGCCUCAUUUGCCUGCUUUGAGCCAGGACCAAGACCUCCGAGGCCCGAGACUGCUAAGACCGAGGCCAAGUCGACAGCUCCAGGCUUACUAAAAUAAAAGGCUCGGGUCUGACAACAUUUUGGCUUGACUAGUCUCCGACCGGCCACAGCCUUCUCCACUCACAGAAGGGACUGAGACCUUAUCACCACUAAGACUUUAACCAUAACAAGUUUGCUUGUCGUUUUUAUUUGAGCUGGCAUGGCUUGCUUCUUAUGUAAAGUUUUUUCUUCAGUGAUGCUGCGCAUGUCAUUAAUGUCCCAAAUUCACAGUGCCAGCGUAAGCUAAAAUGACUCCGAAUGAAUUGUAAAUAGCUGUAUAUACUGUACAGAGCGUAACACAAUGUGGAAUAGAAUUUUUCUCCGGUCGUAAACACGAUUCACUUUCCCAGGCAAAGUCUGCCUUCCCCUUCUCAUUCAGAGGUGAAAUGUUUGUGCAGAAAAAAGACCACAAACACACACAGGCUGUAAUGUUAGCCUUUCUGUUCAUUUAGUCUGUCGUUAUAGCGAUUCCUGGUAAUUUAGUGAAUGUAGACUGGAAGCAUGUCCAUUUUAGGCAGAGUAUUCCUCUUUAGCCUUCCCUCUGGUAAGGGGAACUUGAGAGACAGGUCCUUGGUUUGUUCUCUAAAUAUGAUUCUGUGGGACACAGAUGCCUUCUCAGCAACAAAGCCUUAAAGCCAUAAUGGCUGAAGUGUAUUGGUAAUGACCCACUGAAAUAUGAUUUAUUCAUCUUUAUCUACCAUUUGCACACCCUUGCUUUUGCCACAGCAAUAGAACCACCUGUGCCAGCAUCCCAUGAUUGGGUGUGCCAAUGACUUCCCAUAGUGCCAUGGUGUCUCCAUCCUCUUUUGGUGAGAGAAUUAGGUUUUUUGGGUCACUGCCAAACCAGAGAGACCGUGGUGCUUGAUAGUGUGCAACCCCCCACACCCCCGCUCACCCCCUCAGCUCCUGGCCCAUCUUACGGUACAUGAACAAGGAGUUUGGACCUGCAGCAGCUCCAAUGCAGGUCAGAGUGGCCAGUGAAAGCAUGAUAUAAAGGGGGUGGCCCAGCUAAAGACAUACAAAUUCUUUACCGGGGGAAACACAUGCCUUGGACCUUCCUGUGCCUCAGUGAGUUGCCAUGCCAACAUCUGUACCCACACACUUGAGCUUUCCCCAUUGAGACUCAGGGCCCCUCAUUCUGAGGGGAGAGUGCUCUGCAGCACUGCAGCUGGAAAGGACUAGAGCUCCAUGACUAUGGGUUCAUCUAGAAAUGUGGAGAUGUGAGACCCGCCUUUUUCCUGGUCUUGUGUCAACAAAAGCAGUAAUUCACGUCAACCUCUCGAUGAGUGUUGUACAGCUCCGACCGCCAGAAAGUUUCCAGUGAGCGGGACAGAAACUUGGGCCUAGUUCUCUGCUGUCCCACACACACUGGGCCAUUAUUCAGUUUUUAUUGGUACUGCUUAUGAGGAGAGUCAGAUCUCUCCCUCAAACUUGAGCCUGGGUUUGGACCAGAGGGUGACUCACAGCUGGGGUCACAAGUUGUACCCCAGGAAAGAGCUGUAUCUCUGGCUCACUCCCUCAACACUGCAUCCAGAAACCCCUCAAUUACUUCCACAUAACAUUCACACACUUCGCUUUUUUUAGUAAAAUGUGGAAAGGGCACGUUUUCAGUGUUUAGGCUUAACACAAAUGAUUUUGUCCAUAGCUUUCCAGCAAGUGUAUUGCUCCCUAGCAGUUACAGGAAGGAAAAACUCACUUAAUCAUGAUGAGUGUCUCCUCAGAACAGGCUCACUCUAGUCAGGUGUAACUUGGAAGCAGCAGGUGUAUUCGGUGCAAUUGUUACUCUGGUAAUGAACACAGAAUGACAUGGGGCACAAACCUUGAGCUGCUGGUGUGUCUGGAGAUCACCAUGCCAAGGGAUUUAAGAACAGACAGCAGUGAGUAAGAGACAAGCUCUCAAAAGAACACACACACACACAAGUGUCUCUUGGUCUACCAAGCUCGGUCCUCGGUCCCAGUGCAGAUUGGGAAACAGAGUGCUACAUUAAUCAAACCGGGGGGGAUAACUGGGCUUCUGACCAGCAAAUAGGAAGGUGAAGACCAGCCACGGGUCACUGGAUCAUUAGGGCUGUGAUGAAUGCAGCCAAAUCACAGAUCAAACAUGUUCAAGGCAAGCCAAGACCCCAAGCUCUAUUCUCCUUUGUGUGGAAAUCAUUAUUCACUUUCGUCCAUAAGGUCGCUGGUCAUGGAGGGACUCGAUUAAGCUGGUUUUCCUUGGGGGGGCAGAAUUACAACAUCGAAUGGGACUUUAAAGCCCUCAGAGUGAUGGCAGAUACCUGAACUUUUGAUUGAUUGCUCACAUGCAAAAAGGUCAAAAGGUCCUUAUAGGGUGUACCGUAUGAAUGCUUGAGUAGUCCAACCAGCUGUUUUCCCUGAGUUACUUUCUCCCGCACGUCCCAAAGCUUACCAAUAGCUUGAAUACUGAAGUCUUCAAAUUACAGGUUUAUAUGGGUAUGGUCAUGGAAGUCCAUCAGAUCUGCAGUAACCCUGAAACUUGUAAAACCCAUUCCGCGCAAGAACGCAAUAAAGUUAAAGUGGCUGUGAAAGUCAUGUGACUUUUAAACCGAGGGCUCUCGCGUGCCGAGCUCUUGUGGCUCCUCACCCCAGCAGGACUGUGGCAGGGCCGCAUCGAACCCGUGUCCCUGCGGCGGCGUUUUGAGUUUCAGCGCGCAGCUCCGACUCGGGUGGACUCUACGAAUUACCAUAUGACUGUUGUACUCGAGACUCAGUUAUGUAUGCGUGUCUGUAUGAAAAUGUUUAUGUAUUGCAAGGUGCCAUAACCAUUGCUGUAAAUGAAAAGUAUGCUUGUAAUAAUAUGUUUUGAGCGUUUCAAGAGAUGUGCAAUAUUGUAUUGUAGUGCUGUCUGCCAUGGACAUACAGUAGAGACUAACUCAACAGUUGUGUUCGGGGGUUAAAUUGAGGGGGGUGGGGGGGGUUGCGAGUUUAAAGGGCACUGAGUUUGAGGGUGAAGCCCGAUUGGGUCUCAGGCCCAAAAUAGCCUUCCUGGCCACAUCAGCCUCGGUUCAGGAAGUGGUAUCAAUCCAACGUAUCUGGCUUCGGGGGUUCCUUUUCUCUUCGCAUAAAAUAUCCCAUUUUUCUGUUAAACUCGCUAAGCAUAGCUGUGUAGAUUGUUUUCUGCUUGUAAUCUAGAUAUACUUUAAAUUAAUUCAUGAAGCCUGUUUGUGUGACUUUGUUUUGUUAUAUUAACAAAAGUAACAUAGUUUUUGAUGACUGUAGUGGUUCAGUAGUGGGGAAGUAAACUGUUAGAAAAAGCAAACGGGGUGAUAGCAGAGAAACUUUGGUCUUCCUAAGUGCUUCCCAAAGGAACCUCACUGCUGAUCCUGGCAGUGCAGGCAGAAUACCGUGAGAAAAUCCUUGCCAACAAAAAACUGAAAGAAAAGAGGGAUAAACACAUUAGGGCGCCCUCAAAAUGGGGGACUCGGGGAAACUCGAGGUCCCCUUCAGGUUUGUCAAUGAGGCGGAUGGAAUUGAUGUAUUGCAUCAGCACUAAUCUGAAAUUCUAAUCUGGCCAUUGGGGAAUGUCUAAUUAAGAACAAGAACGACAGUGUAAAAUAUGUUCCUCAAUUUCUGACCCGGAACCCAUUACAUUAUGUGAACUGAGGGAGAGUUUAAGCUGAGCUCCUCGUGUCACAUUGUGCACAGGUGAACUAUUUAUCAGUCAAGAAAGGAUGCAUGAAGCCUUAUGCAUGAAUAGACACCGGAGUGAAUGCACUUCAACAACAAGGCAAAACAGCCUCCCUCCACUUCUGCUUUUCCUGUCUGUUGGUUUUGUUCAGUAAUUAAAAACAGAACAAACUUCCUGUGA